AUGGAAGAUAUGGCGACAGGAACCAAGAGUGAAGAGAAGAUCUGUGACAGAUCGAAUGCCAGUGCUGAAAAGUCCCUUCGGAUUGAUCAGAAUGGUUUCUUCGCCAUGGCUUUUUGUCUACGUAAACAGGAAGUGUUUUUGGUGUCGAGGAUUGCUUACUCUAAUGAUGGACCUGCUACACAAGUUGAUGUAAUCCUAAACAACGACAUCCUGGGAUCGUUCCGAACACACACUGGAUCAAAUUUCGGUCAUCUGUGGAACGAAUUUCACCUCACUGGUGCUAUUGGUAUGCCUUUUAUUUUGGAACCCGGGGGAUAUAAUUUUACCCUGUCUGUGGAAGUUGGUGGUGCUGUGGAAAUUGACUUUAUAGAAUUUGCUUUUUCACUGAGUUCUAACAAGGAAGAAGUUCUAUGUACUGACCAAGCUCUACCCCCUCGAGUAAUAGAAAACAAUAAUGAUGGACAACAGUUCACUGAUGAACAAACUCCUCAAUAA